UUGAAGUUAAACGUUUAUUUUUGACAGAAUGAACACACUUGAACGCAGCUUAAGGACAGCCGGUUGCUAUGUUACAGUAUGCAAACAGCAGCGAGGGUAAAGUGAAGUAAAGCGUGUCUCCAACCCCGCUAGCGCCAAGAUGGAGAGGUGUGGUAUUUUGAUGGAUACGGAAAUUCUGAAGAAGUCAUUAGUGGAGCAAAAUUCUCAUGUCAAUGCCGAAGAAAUCCACUUCCAUGAAUUCCGUAAACUACGUCUGGAUUACAGAAACAUCCUGAUGAUUGACCACUUAUGGGAAUUUACAUCCUUGGUCAAACUGGGUUUGAAUAACAACCUCAUAGAGAACAUUGCGGGCCUUGACCGUCUGAUUAAUCUGACUUGGCUUGAUCUGUCAUACAACAGCAUAAAGAAAAUUGAGGGUCUGGAGUCUUUGCGGAAGCUUGAAUUGCUGAAUUUGUCCAGCAACAGAAUCUCUGUUCUUGAAAACAUGGACACACUUGAGAGACUCACUCAUUUCUUCAUCGCAAACAACCUCCUUGGACAGUUGGACAACGUGCUCUAUCUCAGGAAGCUCAAGAACCUGUUCACCCUCAACCUAUGCGGAAAUCCUGGCACUGAGGAAGACGGUUACAAAUUUUUCAUCGCAGCCUACUUUCCAAACUUGGUGUGCCUAGACUACAGAUUACUUGAUCAGAAGACAAAAAAGGAAGCAUCUGUCAAAUACCACGAUGUCCUCAAGAAGAUGAAACGUGAGGAACUGCAAAUGAAAGCUGCUGAUAAGACUGAGGAAAGCCAGGAAUCUGAAGUCAAAUUACACACAGAUGCUUUUGUGGAGUUCCUCAAUGGCUCUUACCUAUUUAAGAGCAUGCUCAAAGACGAUCCAGAAGCAGAGAAACUACACCGUGUGCCUGAAAUGGCUCAAAUGCUUCAAACAUAUGAGCACCAAAUGGUGGAGCUGUGUAUGCAGUUAUUUGAAAUAGGUUUGGCUGAACAUAAGCAAAGAGAGAAAGAGGUGAACUCCUUCUUCUGUGGUCAGAAUAAGGCUGUGACAGAAUACCAGCAGAGAGCAUUGCAAAUAUUGGCAAAGUUUGAGCAGCAACACAAAGAGAGGAUAGUGGAUAUGCAGCAGUUAUCAGACCCAGACCCACUGAAAGUCAAGAUCAACCUCUGCAACGAGGAAAUCAACCAACUCUGUAACAGCCUCAUGGCGCUGGAGUUUCAGAUGGUCAGCCAGCUGGAGGAAAUCAUCAACAAGUUGGACAUCAACAUCUCAGACAUGGUUGGCAACUUCAGUGAAACUGUUCAGGGGAUAUUUGUGCAAUGUCGAGACCUGGAGGAUAAUUAUCAUGGGAAUGUACAAGUGACUACUUUAGCAAUUCUGGAUAAUGUGGCCAAGGACAAGCUGGAUGAGGACUUGCCAGAUGACGUUAAAAUGCUGUUUACAGACAGAGACACAGUGAUGGAUGCACUGGCCAUCAGCCACGAUAACCAUCUGAUGAAGAUCAACGACCGAGAGACCCAGUUGGUUACACGUGCAGAUGCCUGGAAAGUGGCCCUCAUUAAAGGGAUUCAAGACAAAGAACUUAAGCGGAACCGCAUGCGACUCUCAGACAUCCACAGAUACGGGGACCAUUUGUCGGAGCAGCUGGAGGAGUUGCAGUAACAUCAUCUGUUAAACAUUUCCACUCAAAAUGUUUGUUUAUGUACUUAAACAUUUUUUUGGAACAGGACAUUUUGCAUGCACAAAUAUUUGUUUUUUAUAAUUUCAAUAUUUGGUGCAUACACAAUAGAAAAGAAAAUGUAUUCCACAUGUUUACCUGUUUCUUGCUGCCUGUUUUGAGAUUAAAAACUACAUUUUAAUAAUCAUUA